AUGGAAGACGUGCAAACUCUGCUGCCGGGGCUGGGGGGCUGCUGCGGCGGUGGGGCAGGAGGGGCCGAAGGAGAGAGCAGCAGCCGGGCCUCCUGCGACCCUCCCCCCGGUUGCAAAAGCAGCAGCAGCUCCGAGCGCCACGAGGGCCGGAGAGGGGAAGGCGAGGCGGCCAGAUGUGGGGACCGUCCAUGGAGAGAGAAGCUCCAUUCCCUGAGGCAGAACAAGUGCCCCUUUUCCUUUGAGGACGUGUCUGUCUGUUUCACCCCAGCAGAAUGGGACCUGCUGGAUCCGGGCCAGAAAACUCUCUACAGGGAAGUCAUGCGGGAAAACUAUUGGAGUGUAAUCUCUCUGGGUAAGGAGGAUCUUCCACAAGUGCCAAAGUGUAGCAAGUACUUCAAAAAUAGAUCACAGCUCCUUGUGCACCAAAGAGUACACAGAGGCAAGAAAACUUUUGAAUGUUCAAAGCAUGGAAAAAGAUUCAGUCACACUGGCACUCUUCAACUGCAUCAGAGAACCCAUACAGAGGAGAAACCUUUUGAAUGUUCACAGUGUGGAAAGAGAUUCCAUCAGAGUGCCAAUCUUCAACUGCAUCACAGAACUCACACAGGGGAGAAACCUUUUGAAUGUUCAAAGUGUGGAAAGAGAUUCCGUCAGAGUGGCCAUCUUCAACUGCAUCAGAGAAUCCACACAGGGGAGAAACCUUUUGAAUGCUCAGAGUGUGGAAAGAGAUUCGGUCUCAGUGGCACUCUAAAACGGCAUCAGAGAACCCACACAGGGGAGAAACCUUUUGAAUGCUCAGAGUGUGGAAAGAGAUUCAGUCAGAGUAGCUAUCUUCAACUGCAUCAGAGAACCCACACAGGGGAGAAACCUUUUGAAUGCUCAGAGUGUGGGAAGAGAUUCAGUCUCACUUGCCAUCUUCAAAGGCAUCAGAGAACUCACUCAGGGGAGAAACCUUUCGAAUGCUCAGAGUGUGGAAAGAGAUUCCGUCAGAGUGGCAAUCUUCAACUGCAUCAGAGAACCCAUACAGAGGAGAAGCCUUUUGAAUGUUCACAGUGUGGAAAGAGAUUCCAUCAGAGUGCCAAUCUUCAACUGCAUCACAGAACUCACACAGGGGAGAAACCUUUUGAAUGUUCAAAGUGUGGAAAGAGAUUCCGUCAGAGUGGCCAUCUUCAACUGCAUCAGAGAAGCCACACAGGGGAGAAACCUUUUGAAUGCUCAGAGUGUGGAAAGAGAUUCGGUCUCAGUGGCACUCUAAAACAGCAUCAGAGAACCCACACAGGGGAGAAACCUUUUGAAUGCUCAGAGUGUGGAAAGAGAUUCAGUCAGAGUAGCUAUCUUCAACUGCAUCAGAGAACCCACACAGGGGAGAAACCUUUUGAAUGCUCAGAGUGUGGGAAGAGAUUCAGUCUCACUUGCCAUCUUCAACGGCAUCAGAGAACUCACACAGGGGAGAAACCUUUCGAAUGCUCAGAGUGUGGAAAGAGAUUCCGUCAGAGUGGCAAUCUUCAACGGCAUCAGAGAAUCCACACAGGGGAGAAACUUUUUGAAUGUUCAGAAUGUGGGAGGAGAUUUGGUUUCAGUGGCAAUCUAAAAGUACAUCAGAGAACCCACACAGGGGAGAAACCUUUUGAAUGCUCAGAGUGUGGAAAGAGAUUCAGUACUAGUCGCCAACUUCAACUGCAUCAGAGAACCCACACAGGGGAGAAACCUUUUGAAUGCUCAGAGUGUGGAAAGAGAUUCAGACAGAGUGGCCAUCUUCAACUGCAUCAGAGAACCCACACAGGGGAGAAGCCUUUUGAAUGUUCAGAGUGUGGGAAGAGAUAUGGUCACAGUUGUACUCUAAAACUGCACAAGAGAACCCACACAGGGCAGAAACCUUUUGAAUGUUCAGAAUGUGGAAAGAAAUUUAGUGUCAGUGGCGAUCUAAAACUGCAUCAAAGAGCCCACACAGGGAAGAAACCUUUUGAUUGCUCAGAGUGUGGAAAGAGAUUCAGUCGGAGUAGCCAUCUUCAAUGUCAUCAGAGAACGCACACAGGAGAGAAACCUUUUGAAUGUUCACAGUGUGGAAAGAGAUUCAGUCAGAGUGGCCAUCUUCAACGGCAUCAGAGAACCCACACGGGAGAAACCAUUUGAAUGUUGAGAGUGUGGAAAGAGAUUCAGUCAUACUAGCCACCUUCAACUGCAUCUGAGAACCCACACA